AACAUAAUGUUUCUGUGAAUAUUCUGCAUGGAACUAGAUCAGAUAUUUCGCCAAUAUUUUCAAGACUGGAUUUGACUACCUGGAAAUGCUCUGCUGGUCUUGGUAAAAUUGUUACGAAUGCCUUGCUGGCUGACCUAGAGUCAACAACUUCGCAUAUUUCAAAAAGGCCCAUUUUUAUCCCGGAGGAGACUCCAUAUUCCUAUCCAACAGGAAGCCAUAUUUGCCAGGACGUAUCUGUGGCCCCACCAGUGCCACCACCCCCCUCUGCUGAUGCUUUGAAUGGAGUAAUCAUUGAUACAGUUGAACAGUGGCAGUCUCCUGUUUCAAGAUAUCCACAACAACAGGGUUAUCAAGAAGAGGGCUCCCCUUCUACUGGAGUGGCCAACUCUCCCAAGCAGACCUACCUGCCAAAUGUGAAAGGCAACUCUUCUCUCUCACAAGACUCUGUUAGUCCUCCUGCUCCACGUUCCUCUGAGGAAGACCACGUUUACAGUUUUCCCAACAAGACAAAGUCCUCAGAAUCUUCACCAGUUGUCAUGACCUCUGCUCUGGGCAGCAACCUCUCAGAACUGGAUCGUCUCCUACUGGAACUGAAUGUAGUGCAAAGCAACUCACCCAGCAACUUUGCAACCGAGGAAUCCAACCGCAGUUCCCAUCAUGCUCCAGUGACUGGCUCUCAAUAUACUGGUCAGGAAAAUGGAACUCAAGUUGCCAAGAAGGUGCCUCCUCCAACAAAAGAAAAGCCCAAGAGAAAUGGUAGUCGAGGAAUUGAGGAUGUGCGACCCAGUGUGGAAAGCUUAUUGGAUGAACUGGAGAGCUCAGUUCCCAGUCCAAGUCCUGCAACAGCUGUGUCUCCUGUGGAAGGACCACCCUCUCAGCGUGACACUCCUACUCAACAACAGGCCCGCAUUUCUGCAUCCUCAGCAACUCGUGAGCUCGAUGAGUUGAUGGAAUCCCUCUCUGUUUUCAAUGCUGGUACUGUAAGUCCUGUAAGUGUUGAACCAGAGGAAAAGCAAGAAACCUCAGCUUCAGAUGCCCUGCUAGUGUCUGCUGCUGCCCAGCCUGUCAUUAAGCCAUCAACAGCUAGGGUGUUGAUGUCCAUGUCUUGCAAUUCCCAAUUUAUGCUCAAUAACACAGCUUUGCCCUCACCACUUUCACGAACACCCAGUCCACUAGAGCUGCUGCACAUUGAUGAGGACCUAAGCACUUUGCACCCAUCUGCUUCCACAUUACCCAAUCCUACCACUUCAUUGCUCAACCAUCUAGACCUUCAACCAUCUGUCUUUUGCUCAGUGAGUUCACCUAAUGCAGAUGCAGUUUCAGAACCAGGCACUGAUGUUUCUCUGUCAGUGAUGCCACUCAUUUCAGAAUCUUCUGAAUCACGCAAGACCAGCCUCAGGGACAUGAAGAUAGUGGAAACUGAGAAAAAGCCUGGGAGCCAGAUGAAUACCACAGAAGUGAAAGAAAGAGUUAGAUCAAGUUCUUCAAAUGUUGCUGAAACAGAGAGGCCUGUGUCCAAACUACUGACCUCAAGCACUGUACAACAGGAGAUUGCUCCAUCCUUGAUUAAUGAUUUUGGUGAGAUGAAUGAAGCUAUUGAUAAACUGUUGGCCUUGUAUCCUGAGGUUGUGUCAGAACAACAUGUGGAGACUAAUCAAGAGGUCCUUGAAGCGAAGGUGGUGUCAGUGGAGAGAGCAUCGGUGUGUCCAAAUACGAUGGAACUUUCCACCUUGAAUAUGGAGGUGACUAGCAAACCACAGUAUCAACACAGUAUCGCAGAUAGAUCCAAACUUGGAGGAAAAGAUUCUACAAAGUUACUCAGCAUAAACAAGUCGUAUGAAAAGUCUGUACUGCAGGCAGCACAGCAGCAACCAAAACAAAGAGAGAUGGAACUAGAACGAAGUGGUGUGUAUCAUUGCUCACCACAUCUUCGAUCCAAUGAGAGUGCACAAGAGAAGCAAUUUGAUUUACCUCCAGUUCAAAUACUGACAGUGGAACGGAUUUCUGCUUCUAGUCAGAUGAAAUCUCUUAUUGAGAGGACAAAGCAUUCUUCAAAUGUACACCCGAUGAAUCGAGAGGAGGUACCACGCCGCAAAUUUGGGCCUGUUAUAUUUAAUAAGAACGUGUCUCAGGAUAGGCUUAUUGAGGAACUGCAUGGCAGACUGGGAAUCGAAAAGAAGGAGCCCAAGAAUAGAAAAGUGGAUGACUGGCUUACUGAGGGGUUGGUCAUCACUUCAAAACCUGUAAGGAAACAUGAGGAGGGAACUCAUGUGGUUGAGAAGAUAAUAAUCACUCCAGAACCCCCUCCUUCUUCGAAGGGUUCCACUCCAUCACCCCAUUCCGUUUCACCUUCACCCCCAGUCAAACAAGAUAAAAGAAAGAGUGAACUUCCGAAAGUUUCUCUGCUGUCUCCUCCCUUUGUACCUUCCCCACCCUUUCCUCCUUUGCCUUCCCCACCCCCUCCCCCUGUGCCAUCCUCACUUCCUCCCACUGUACCUUCUCCACCUCCUCUCCCUUUGCCUUCCCAACAAUCAUCUUCUAACCCAUUGACCUCCAUCCUCCCAGAAUCUCAGCCUUCACCUCAGCAGAAUAGUUCAUUUGAUGAAUAUCAGAAGCCACCUGUCCUUUCAACAUUACCACCUACUCCGUUAAGCCCUUUACAGUCCACUUCAACACAAGAAAGGCAUCCACGUUCCUUCUCUCUACCUGUAGUCCAGACCACUGCUGUCCAAGUUGAGCCACAAUCAUCUACACCCACUAGAGCCAUGGUGUCAAUUGCCUGUCAGACCGAUGACAGUAGCAGUGAUGGAGACAGUCUGCAGUUUCAACCACAGGUGAAUGCAAACUUUGAAUCUUUGUCACUCACUUCACCUUCAUCCUUUGAGAAGCCAGUCAACACAGGCCGUGCUACCAACAAGCCAUAUUCUCCAUCCCAUAAAGGAGAUCCUGUGGUACGGGCAGAUCCAUUUGCCCUUCCCCCCCGCCCAGCCCCUCCCUCAAUGUAUGGACGACAGCAAAAACCAAAUGUAAAUAUGAUGACUCAGUCAGGAUCUAAAGGAAAGCAUGGUGGUUCUUCCACAGUAGCAGGGCCUCAAAAAGCUGGAAGUCAGCUCGAUAACAUGCUGGAUGAACUGCAUGUUGGGCUGAAUAAGCUGGGAGUUGCAACUGUUGCAAAAGGAGUGUGUGCUGCAUGCAAGAAACCUAUUGCUGGGCAGGUUGUUACUGCGAUGGGUCGUACCUGGCACCCAGAGCACUUUGUCUGUACCCAUUGCCAAGAAGAGAUUGGUUCUCGAAAUUUCUUUGAGCGAGAUGGACAGCCAUACUGUGAGAAAGACUAUCACAAUCUAUUCUCCCCCCGCUGUUACUACUGCAAUGGACCCAUUCUGGAUAAAGUGGUGACAGCACUGGAUAAAACUUGGCAUCCUGAACAUUUCUUCUGUGCCCAGUGCGGAGCCUUCUUUGGACCAGAUGGAUUCCAUGAAAAAGAUGGAAAGGCCUAUUGUCGCAAAGAUUACUUUGAUAUGUUUGCCCCUAAGUGUGGUGGCUGUGCACGGGCUAUUCUGGAAAACUAUAUCUCAGCCCUCAAUUCACUGUGGCACCCAGAGUGCUUUGUCUGUCGGGAAUGUUUCACCCCAUUUAUAAAUGGCAGCUUUUUCGAACACGAGGGGCAGCCAUACUGUGAGAUGCAUUACCAUGAACGUCGCAAUUCACUUUGCUCAGGAUGCCAGAAGCCUAUCACAGGACGAUGUAUCACUGCCAUGGGGAAGAAGUUUCACCCAGAGCAUUUUGUCUGUGCUUUCUGCCUGAAACAACUCAAUAAGGGCACCUUCAAGGAACAAAAUGACAAACCCUACUGUCACAACUGCUUUGUCAAGCUCUUUUGUUAGAUCCAUCCCAACAGCCACUUGUUCAGUUCAAUCAUUCCUGCCAUUCCAGAAAUUCUCACCCACAUUCAUGCCAAUGGAAGCAUCAACUCCAGAUUAUAGGGGUUGUACAGAUCUUGGACUGAACUAAACGCUUACUUUCUAGAUGAAUCACCUUUCCUUUAGAGACUAAGAAAAAUCAAAUUUUCUGAAUGAGGUGGUAAGAGUGCCAUAAUGCCCCCUUCUUUCUCUCGCCCCUGCACCCCCCCCCCCCCCCAAACUCCAUGAAAGUAGCCUUCAUUGUAGGUUGGUUGAAGAAUCCAAUGAAUGGAGUCCGGAAUCGGCAAUAGAAACUAAAUCUUGAUGAAGAUUGAUCUCUAUUCAGCUCAGCUCUUACUAGAUUAUUUUUCAAGAACUGCACAGACCAUUCUAUCCUCGCAACAUCACUGACAGCAAUGCAGAGUAAAUAUAAUGCAGGUGGUUUUGUGUAGUAAAGAUAAACUAAACACUGAGUACUUUUAACUAUAACUGAACAAACCCUGAAGAACUUGGUAAAACACCAGAGCAACCCUAAAAUGAUCCCAGUUAAACUGGAAGCAAGUCUCCAAGAAGCUUUGUGAAAUGUGGAUGAUGGUACUGGAAAGCAGAGGUAUCUUUUGAGAAAGUUCACUUUGUUGUACACCAGUUUCUCCAUGAUGUCAGUAAUGCCUUUGAUUGUAACAGAAGCAAUAAUAUUUCUCAGCAAUGGCUACAAUCUCACUGUUCUAUGUAGGUGCACAGGAGAGCCUCCUGUAUUUGAUAGAAACUUUACAGUACUGUACCUUUUUAUCUUCUGGGUUCAAUUAUCAAAUAUAUCUUGGAAUUCUGAACUUUCAUGUUAGAGCUUGUGAUUUUAAAACCAUGGCAACCACUUUUGUAAACUGCACAUCAGAUGUGUAGGUGAUGCUAGCACAUUAUAGAGUUGGUAUUUUUUGUGCUUUCUUACAAUACUAAUGACUGAUUCUUAAUUGGAAAACCCAAAGGACUGUUAGACCGGACAUUACUUGUUCAUCUUUUAUAGCACAAAACUGGUUUUAGUCUUUGAGGCAUGUCCUAAGCAAUGUCCAUGAACAGAACAUUUUACAUUUGUGAGCCUGCUGUAUUUUUAUCAAGUUCCUCCAUUGCCUAAUUUGCCAAUAAUUUAUCUUUUUAUGAGAAGUCUUAAUUCCUGCUGUGGAGCUUUUGGGUCUUCCCUGAAAAUGUGUUAUAAUAUUUUAUCUUUCAUCUUAUGAAUAAUUCACUUUUAAAAAGAUUGAUGACAACAGAGGUUAUAAUCAUUGUAGUGCCAUUUUGAUCAGGUGCAAUCAGUCCAACUGAAGCCUAAUUAAACCAGUGUUUACAUUGCAUUGAAUUCAAUCUGCCAUUAAACCAAAGGGAAUCAUGUAAGAACGAAAGAAACUAAUGUAAGGAAAUAGUCCUGAUUCCUGCCCCUUGAUCAAUGAUAAUUAAUUACCUGUGUUUAACCACAUCUUGUACAACCUUUAAUCAUGGCUUGCACAUAUAAUCUUUUGGUUUUUUUUGCCAAUAAAAGUUGCUUUUCACUUUA